AUGGAGAAGCUCAAGUAUCUUCAGAUCCUGUCCAUGAGUGAGGGGAGAAUGGAGCUGGAGAUUGUGGGCCAUUGUCAUCCAGAGGUGGUGAAGGCAGGAGCCGAGCAAAUGCAAUCUCUGAACACCAACACCCGGUUUUUGCAUGACAACCUGGUGCUGUAUGCUGAAAGGCUGCAGGCCACUCUACCAGACAAGCUCUCUGUGUGCUACUUUGUCAACUCAGGCUCUGAAGCCAAUGACCUGGCCCUCCGACUUGCAUGGCAGUACACAGGCCACAAAGAUAUCAUUACCCUGGAAAAUGCUUACCAUGGUCACGUGUCAUCGCUAAUCGACAUUAGUCCGUAUAAGUUCCACCAGCUGUCAGAUGCUGAGCAAAAUCAGUUUGUCCAUGUGGCUCCAAGCCCGGAUGUAUACAGAGGCAAAUACCGGGCAGACCAUCCUGAUGCAGCUACAGUAUAUGCAGAUGAAGUCAAAGCUAUAAUAGACAACGUUCAUAACAAAGGGCACAAGAUAGCUGCUUUUAUUGCUGAGUCACUGCAGAGUUGUGGCGGCCAGGUAAUCCCCCCAGUGGGUUACUUCAAGCAAGUGGCUGACCAUGUCCAUAAAGCAGGAGGUGUUUUUAUCGCAGAUGAGGUUCAGGUGGGCUUUGGCCGAGUUGGCUCUCACUUCUGGGCCUUCCAGCUUCAGGGAGAUGAUUUUGUACCAGACAUCAUCACAAUGGGUAAACCUAUUGGCAACGGCCACCCCAUGUCAUGUGUGGUCACCACCAGGGAAGUGGCCGAGGCCUUCAUGUCGUCUGGAAUGGAGUACUUCAAUACAUUUGGUGGUAACCCUGUAUCGUGUGCCAUCGGUUUGGCCGUCCUGGAUGUGAUUGAGAAAGAGGAUCUGCAGGGAAAUGCGCUGCGUGUGGGCCAGUACCUCACCAACCUGCUGGAAAAACAAAAGGAGAAGCAUCCGCUGAUUGGAGACAUUAGGGGGCGUGGUCUCUUUGUUGGUGUGGAACUGGUGAAGGACAGAGUGAAGCUCACUCCAGCAACAGCAGAAGCCCAGGAAGUCAUAUAUAAGUUAAAGGAACAGCACAUCCUUUUAAGCGCUGAUGGACCUCAUCGCAAUGUGCUGAAAUUCAAGCCCCCUCUGUGCUUCACAACAGAGGAUGCUGACCUGGUGGUGGAGAAGAUUGAUCUCAUUCUUAAAGAGCUGGAGGGAGCAUUGGGCUUGGAAGUGAACAACAGUGCAGAAAUGGAAAAGAGAAGAAAGCUUUCAACAGAUGAAAACGGACACAGCGGGUUAAAUCACAGCAAUGAAGGAGCCCAAAAACAAAGGAAACGGAUGAAGACAUAGAAAUGUUGGGGGGAAAAGGCCUCAGGAUUUUUUUUAUACUAUCAAAGGUUUUCAAAAAAAAAUAGUUUGAACCAAAAUAUCCUGCUGAUCCAGGAGAGAACAUUUAGAUAAAUGUAUUGUGCAAGCCAAAUUUUAUAUUGUUGUCAAAGUUAAAGAAAGAAAUCAGAAUGCUUGUGUGUAAAAUAUCAUGUUACUUUGGUAUCAAAACCCAUCCUCCCCUUUUAUCAGUGCAUGAGAUGGGCCACCAUUUGUUGACUGGUAAAUACCGUUAAAUCGCAUCACAUAAAAAACUAUAUUUCAGAACUCUUUGUGUCUUUCGUUCUCUAUCCAAGCUGUUUUUUUCCUUCUUCAUUUUUUUGAGUGAACAUCCACCAAACAGGGACACUGUUUGACAAGUCUUCAAUUAUUUACCAAUGUUCCACACAGACUUAUUUCAACCUCACGUCUGUUCUUUGUUAGCACAGUGAUGUGAAAAAGCAAUGAUAGCAAUUUUUUUUUUCAAAUAUUUUGGCAAACAACUGAUUAGUUCAGUUGUUCUGCAACAAUAAAUGAACUGAGUUGUAUUAAGUUAGGGU